AUUGUUCAACAUCAACAUUGUUUUCGUUUUACGUGAAUGACAAGAAUAUCGUAGACAAAAGACUCCAUAGAAAUUUUGUAUAACAAUUAAUAAUGGUUGCGCUUAAUUUAAUUGGAAUUCGAUUACACUCAAAUCAAAAUACUCGAAUUAAAGUUGAUAUUGAUUGUAAUGAAACUGUGGAUAAUUUGAAGAAUGACGCAGCUCAAAAAUUAAAUUUCCAAAAAGAAGAUUUAGAAUUAACAUAUUGCGGAAAUAUUCUUUGUGAUAAUGAUACUUUAUCUAAAUAUGGAAUCAAGCAAGGUGUAACUGUUCACGCUUUGAAAAAAAUACAUGAGGAAAAACCUGCACCUGUGAAAAAAAUGAAUGAAACUGAUAUUCAACAAUUAUCAACGGCAUUUAAAACAUUUAAAUUAUCUCCUAAUUAUCGUUCCGUAUUACAGGGGUUAUCUAGACUCGACGUCAUGCAAAACAUUAUUCAAGCUUCUCCUGGUUUAAAUAAAGAUUUGGUAUCUUUGGCAAUUUUACAAGAUCCAGAAUUACUUAUUCAUUUGACUGAUAGUCAAGUUUUACAACGUCUUCUGGAAUUACAUCCAAGUCUUGUCGAUGUAGCAGCUCAUAUAGCUGCUUUUAUGAUGAACUCUAUCCACGAUGAAGCUUCUAAUUUAAAUCCUGAUGUUCCUGGAACCAGUUCCGGUUAUUCAUAUUCGUUAGAAGCACUUUCUGAUGAUGAUAUGGAUUCAUCAAGUAGUGAAGGACAAUCUUCAGGUCAACAGUCUGCUAUAACUGCGGCACAGUUAGCAGCAGCUUUGGCUAGUGCACAAGUACCCGUAAAUCCAUCAUCGUCAUCUCCAAGCAAUCUCGGAGGCCUUAUUAUCACAAAUGAAAUGUUUAACAAUGCUAUGCAACAAGCUUUUGCAAAUGUAUCCACUAACUCACCUUCCACGGGGGGAUCACAAAGUGAAGAAGAAUCAAUUGAAUCCAUUACUAGAAGAUUAGCACCACAAUUGAAUCAAAUGAGAGAAUUGGGUUUAAAUAAUCUUGUUACAAAUAUUCAAGCAUUACAAGCAACUGGUGGAGAUGUUCAGGCUGCUAUAGAUUUAGUGUUUAGUGGAGUUAUGUCUCCGGGAAUGUAAAUUUUACUGUAAUAAAAAUAUAGCUUUAUAAAAA